AUGGCGGCGACGACCCACGCCGCCUCCAUGUCGUUCCUCCUAUCCCACCCCCAGUCGCGCUCCGCCACCCCAAGCCGCCACCUCCAGCUCCACCCGGCAGCCCGCCGCGUCCGCUGCUGCGCCACCGACGCCGCCGCCCCCGCGGUCACCACCAAGCACCGGCGCGCGGCGGAUGAGAACAUCCGCGAGGAGGCGGCGCGGCACCCGGCCCCAAAGCAGGGCCUCUCCGCGUGGUACGAGCCCUUCCCGCCGGCCCCGAACGGCGAUCCCAACGAGCGCUACUCCCUGGAUGAGAUCGUCUACCGCUCCAGCUCGGGCGGGCUCCUCGACGUGCGCCACGACAUGGAGGCGCUGGCCCGCUUCUCGGGCGCCUACUGGCGCGACCUCUUCGACUCCCGCGUCGGUCGCACCACCUGGCCCUACGGCUCCGGCGUCUGGUCCAAGAAGGAGUUCGUGCUCCCCGAGAUCGAGCCCGACCACAUCGUCUCCCUCUUCGAGGGCAACUCCAACCUCUUCUGGGCCGAGCGCCUCGGCUGCGACCACCUCGGCGGGAUGAACGACCUCUGGGUCAAGCACUGCGGCAUCUCCCACACGGGCUCCUUCAAGGACCUCGGCAUGACCGUACUCGUCAGCCAGGUCAACCGCCUCCGCCGCGCGCCGCUCUCGCGCCCCAUCGCCGGCGUCGGGUGCGCGUCCACGGGGGACACCUCCGCCGCGCUCUCCGCCUACUGCGCCGCCGCGGGGAUCCCGGCCAUUGUCUUCCUCCCUGCCAAUCGCAUCUCGCUGGAGCAGCUCAUCCAGCCCAUCGCCAACGGCGCCACCGUGCUCUCGCUCGACACCGACUUCGACGGAUGCAUGCGGCUCAUCAGGGAGGUGACUGCCGAGCUGCCUAUCUACCUUGCCAAUUCGCUCAAUUCCCUCCGGCUUGAGGGGCAGAAGACAGCGGCCAUUGAGAUACUGCAGCAGUUCGAUUGGGAGGUGCCGGAUUGGGUGAUUGUGCCGGGAGGCAAUCUGGGGAACAUAUAUGCCUUCUACAAGGGAUUCGAGAUGUGCCGUGUUCUUGGGCUUGUUGAUCGUGUGCCGCGGCUUGUCUGCGCUCAGGCGGCCAACGCAAACCCGCUCUACAGCUAUUACAAGUCAGGCUGGACCGAGUUCCAACCGCAGGUGGCCAGGCCGACAUUUGCAUCAGCGAUUCAGAUCGGUGACCCGGUGUCUGUCGACCGAGCUGUGGUCGCGCUCAAGGCAACGAAUGGCAUUGUUGAGGAGGCCACAGAGGAAGAGCUCAUGAACGCAAUGUCACUCGCUGACCGCACCGGGAUGUUUGCUUGCCCGCAUACUGGGGUUGCGCUCGCCGCCCUGUUCAAGCUCAGGGACCAGCGCAUCAUCGGGCCAAACGACCGCACAGUGGUUGUCAGCACAGCUCAUGGCCUGAAGUUCUCGCAGUCAAAGAUCAACUACCAUGACAGCAAGAUCGAGGACAUGGCUUGCAAGUACUCCAACCCGCCUGUGAGCGUGAAGGCUGACUUUGGUGCCGUCAUGGAUGUGCUGAAGAAGAGGCUGAAGGGUAAGCUCUGA